CUCUGGUCUGUUUACUGAGGCGAGCCUACCCAACGAACAGGAAAAUAACCUUGAGAAUGGCAUUUACCGCCAGCUCCAGCUAGAUACUCCGGGCAAAUCUAACCCUACAGUUCUCAGUCUGUGGUGAAUCCAUAGCGGUAGGCGUAGCCGUAGGCCGUUAAGUACCGCAUCAAGCUGAAAUUAAUGCAGGAUAUGCUACAGAGGGACAACUUACGGCUACAAAAUGCUGCGAAGUUUUCUUUCAAGAAAUUUUAAUUCUCUCCAUGGACUUUUUGGUUCAUCAAGAAAUGUCCAAGCAUGGAGAGGGCUUGGCCAUGUGUCUUCAACCAAGAACCCGAGCAGUCCACCAAGGAAGCAUGAAGCAGUAAAUGUGUUCUCACCAACCGUCUGGACAGUCCCUGUCGCUGACCAGAGACAAUCACAGCAGCAAGAAGCUUGUCCUGAUACCGUUAGCGGUCUUCUUUCCAGACUCUCACUCUCACCUGAGGAAGCUGCUGCAACAGUCCGCUACACAUUGCCCUCAAGGUCACCAGUGGCUCAGGUGGCCAUCUUAGAUCCUGUUGCAAGUGUCGCAAUACCUUGGGAUUGUCCAACUGCCGUCAAAGAGAACUCACUCGAUGUCCCAUGUCAUCAGAGGAUCGACGUCUUCAUCGACGAACCUUCCUCAAGCAGCACAGUCACAAAGAGAGCCACAAACAUCUUGCAGAAGAGGCACCGGAAGAUGAAGCGCCACCAGUACAAGAAGUGGCGCAAGCGCAACCGCUUCAAGCUUCGCACGCAGAAGCAACGGCGCCGCAAGAAACAGCAGGAAAGGUGGGAGCGCCACCUGAACAGGUUCCGGUUUGUGGAGCUGAAACCGUCCGAGGGUGAGCAGUAUCUGGCCAAGAAACAAGAAAAGCUGCAUCUGUAUUUGACGUAUCAUGGUGUCGAGUUUGAUGAUGGUAAAGCGGAUAUCAAGACAGAUACUGACGAAAGUAAGAAGAAGAAAAAGAAGGGACCUUCUUGUGUCAUACCAUCUUCAUUGCAAAGCAGUAUAACACCUAAACCAAUUUUGCCUGAGGGUGUGCAGCUGUAAUCAUAUUUGGAUAUUUAUAUUGUCAGUUGUAUUGGCAUAAGACAGGACAUCAACUUCUCUGUAAUUGGUCUCUUUACAAACAGACUUCAUGGAACUUAGCAUGGCAAUAAAUCCACACAGGCACCACAGUCCGUUUGUCCCGCGAUGUAUCAAGCAUAGACCAAUUGUCGGCUGGAUCAGAUCAAUAGUCAAAUUGCUACUAAUUUACUGAAUGUGUCCCUCAAUAUUUCACUAAAACAGCACUAUAAAUAGAGCAACAAAGUGAUUUCAACCUGGUACAAAGUAUAUCUUAAAAAACUCACUUUGGGGAUUUAUUCAAUUUAUUAGGGGCUGUUACAAGAAAAUGUUUUCAAUCAAUUGCAAAUAUUCUGUUCCAAGUUUACAGUAAAUCAAAAUCAAAUUUGAAAAUCAAAUUUUAACCUUAUCGAAUCAGAUGACACUCGUUCUCAGGAGUAGAUAAACAUUUGAUUGCAAAUUCGCAAUUGAUUUAAAAACUUAUAAUUGAUUUUGAGACUGAAAAUAGCCUUCCAGUUGAUUGCAAGUUUCUUGCAACGGAUAGACUUAAGUGUGGUAAAGUUUGGGAAUUGAUAUGUUUUGUCCAUAUAUUUUGUGAUUUUACGUGAAAAUUUAUUUCAGUGCAGGUUGGGUUCCAUGUCAAAACUAAAACUGUCUUUUUUGAUAAGUUUGGUAUAAAACAAUAUUUCACGCAUGGAUUGAGCUGAAAAUAUCAAGUGAUAUAUCUUUGUUUAUAGAUUUGUUUUGUAAAAUCACUAGAUUUGUAUACAUUUGUUUGGUAAUUGAGUUUUUCUUUUUUUUAACAAGAAAUAAAACAUCCCUCAGAGAAGGCACGAGAUAUAAUUGUGAAAUUCCCUUUUUUUUAAUUGAGAUAAAUGGGUCAAAAAAGUGAUUAUUCUAUUGUAAGAUUUAAAGGUCAGAUAUUACUCCAAUAAGAAUUAAAUAAUUCACAUUUUAGACCUAAUAAAACACUCAACAGGAUUUAAGGACGUGUGCAUACAUGUACUUGUACAUAUCGAAUACUCUCAUACAGCUAUUGAAGCCAGGGGAAUGUUUCAUGGAUCUGCUUGUAAACCAUUUCACUUACAACUGUUAUAAGCUAUUGAAAUACUUGCACCUAAUUGGUGGAGCACAAAUGUUUUGGUGAAAUUCACUUGUGCUAGGCUUUGUGUAAUAUAUUUCACAGUCAGCCACACUCUCCUUAUCAAAAUGGUAGUGCCUGUUUGCCUCCCUCUUGUGUCGGGAUAUUGGAUUAUCGAUUGUGCGUGGAAUCACCCUAAAUUGGCUUUAUGAAAUAGAAGCAGAUUCUUUGUUUUUACCUUGAAUCUACAGCUUAGAUAAUGUGUUGUAAGCUUGAACGUACAUGUACAUGUAGACCAUCAUCACUGCAUGAUGAGUAGUAAUUACAAAAAAAGAUUACAAUGCAUGAUAAAAAAACAUUUAGGAGCCCUCUGGUAUACCAGUGUUUUGGCUCAGUUGAUAGAGCGUCCGUCUCACAACCUGGAGGUCAGGGGUUCAAACCCUGGCCGCGUCACACCAAAAGAUGUUAAAAGAUUGGAGUUGCCGCUAUUGCUACCCUCUUUGCCAUUCAAUGAUUAAAGGGAAAGAGCCUCGUUCAUCUGGCGCUGCACAGCAGCUGCCGGGCCCAAGAUCAAUAGAGCAAAGCAAAUUUUCAGAGUAUUUCAUGUCUAUCUCGAACAAUGAAAUAUGGAUAUUUUUUGUUUUUUGACUUGAACUUUCAUUGUGACUGGAUUAGAAUUCGCAGAUACCAAACUUUUUGAAAUACCUGUAACAUAUUGUAAUCUUUGGGGGUCAGCAAAGUGAGCCCUCCCAACUGACAUUCCAUGGCUUGCUUGGGGCAUUGUCGGGCUGGGGAAAGGAAGGCAGGGAAUGUAUCAGAAUCAGAUAUUGUAUAACAUUGGAUGUCUGUUGGUUUUAAAUCAUAAUUCCUUCCUGGGUGAUUGACAGCACUAGAUCCGCUCUGAAGUAUUCUUUUCAAUGAAAGUUGUAGGUUUGAAUGUCUUUAAAGGAAACCAAACCUAAGAAGAAAAGCAAUCUUAUUGGAAAGAGUAAAAUGCGAGGAACAAUCUGAAAAU